UCUAAUAGAGCAGCUUAUCAAAUAUUACAGUAAAACUUGUAACAACAAUAAAUUAUUUUCCGGAAAAUAUAAUGGCUCCCGGGAAAAAUCGUAAGCGCUGUGCUGACUCAGAUGGGUAUACGUACGUCCCUAAGAAGAAAAGAAAAGUGUCUCCAAAUUUUGAAGAGGAAAGUAUUCGUAUUUCGGCCCCUCAGCGAGAACCUGAGAGAUAUGCAUCGUCAAAUGAUUUUCAUAAUUUAUUUAAUGAGGGAAAAGUUGCACCAAAAUGCAACACACUGCUUUCGGUUAGUUAUGCACAAACACAAAUAAUAAGUUCUUAUGAAGCAAAUGCAGAUCACUCUUCCUGCGAAUCUCAUUCAAUAUCAUAUGAGAGAAAACUUCCUGCUGCUCUGAAUGAAGUUCUCAUUGCUUAUAAAAUUCAUGAAAUAAUUAAUAAUUUGUCGAAAUUUAAAAAAAGUGCUUCAAGUGUUAACUAUAGCAAUAACUCGAAGGUUGUUGCUUCACCCCAAAGCCUUCAUAGUCAAAGUAAUCCAGAAGUGUAUGAAUGGGAUUUUCAUAAAGUAGUUGCUCCGCCAAUUGGCAUAAAUGAAGACCUUGCAGAGAAAAAAUUAUUUGAAGUUAUACUGGAUUUAAUAAAGCUUAAAAUGCGUUCUGGAGUCACCGAUUUGGAGGCAGAUGGUGUGAAACAUAUACUUCAUCAUAUUGUUGAUGAGUAUGCAAAUGCAAAUGAAUCAGAUGGCACCAUUGACGAUAAUAUGGAUGACAAACCCGGAUGCUCUCGAUGGUUCCAUCCUAAAUAGUUUGUGUUUGUGUAAAGAUAUUUUUCAUCACUUGAACAUUAGAGAGACAUCAAUCUAUAUCAGUAUUAAAAAGAAAUAUGUGUGACUCACCUCCGAUCUAGUUUCUUACAAAGUUCAAGUGACAUUUAUUUAUAUAU